ACUCGACGGACGACUCUCCGCGAGCACCACAGCAACUUUGGCAAAGCCAGUACAAUCUUCAGAUGCACCAUCCCGGCUUAGCCGUCUAUGGACCUGGCUGAGACCAUCGCCAUCCCGAACUGGCAGUUGGGCUUCGCGACCACAGAGGCAAAAGACCACUCCAGUAGUGCGAAAUGGAAUCAUGUCCUCGUGGGUACCCUAACGUCGCCGCCUUUCUCGACAGCGACGAAUGCUUCGCCAUGUACCGCCGCUUCGGCUUCCUGCAAUCACGCCUCCUGCUCGACAAACAAGACGAGUUGCGAGAGCUGGAAGAAGCACUCGAUCGCCUUGACCGUCGGGAAGCAAAUGUCGAUCCCAAAAGGCCAAUGACGAGAGAUCUUCCCAGAGAAGAAGUCCAGUCGAGGAGAAGAUUGCUCUCCGCAAUUGAAGAAAAGUUCUGCUCAUACGCGAAUCUCCUCGAUGCAGCACAGAAGAUGAUGGCGCUGAAUCGACCUUCGCAGGGCGAUUAUGGGAGUGUGGAGAAUUACAUGGUUAAUCACCAGCCACUGCUGGAGGCUGAGGGCUCAUGGAUCUACAAGAAGGAGGAUCUGAUCACUUUGAGGGCAGGAAGGGAACAUGCUUGGCUGGACUCCGGGAUUGAAAAGGUGUUAAAGUGGUUUCACUGCCGCAUUCUGGAGAGAGUUUUCGGAGACGAGCAAACGCGACAGAAGUCCUCGGGCGAAGAAGUGUACUAUUCCCGUGAGCGCAUCAACUGCCUGGCCAACACCAUCAUAACAUUUAUGGUGCUCGUUCUACUCAUUGUGCCCAUCUACAUGCUCUACCAUCUUAUCAACGACAUAAACACUGGGAGAGCAUAUGCAAUCUGCAUGGGCAUUCUCGUUGUCUCUACGUUGGCGUUCUCGGCUGUGCUGUGCCUGUUUACACGGGCCAAGAGGCAUGAGAUCCUUGCUGCGGCAGCUGCAUACUGCGCCGUUCUGGUGGUCUUCCUUGGAAAUGUUGGACCGGGACGUCAGUGAAUGGGAUUCUGGGUAGCUUCUGAUGACCAAUGGAUACCUUUCUAUCAGGAGCAAACCAUCAAAGCAG